AUGCGCUUUCUUAAAACUGAGACUAUGUUCCUUUUCUCCUCUUCCCAUAUAUCUUAUUGCUUAGGGAAUAAAAAGUCACCACUUGUAGCGCUAGUAGCAUCCAUCACUUCAGCAAGUUUUGUCUGUGCUACAUGCUGUUACUUUUUAUGGAGAAGAACGCUCAAGAAAAAAGGGAUUACGAGAAAGAUAAAGUUCAGGGAAAUGUUACUUUCUGAGUCAGCAACUAACUUGUCAAAACCUGGAACUUCCAGUGGAAAGGGAAAAGAAACGAGAAGUGACAUCGAGCUGAAGUUCUUUGAAUUAUAUGACUUGAAAGCUGCGACAGACAAUUUUUCCACUGGCAAUAAACUAGGAGAAGGUGGUUUUGGGCCUGUUUUUAAGGGUCAAUUGCCAGAUUGGAAGCAAAUAGCUCUGAAAAGGCUAUCAACUCAAUCACAGCAAGGUAUUGGUGAAUUCAAAACUGAGGCCCUUCUCAUUGCUAAACUUCAACACAGAAAUCUUGUUAGGUUCCUUGGAUGCUGUGUAGAAGACGAGGAGAAAAUGUUAAUCUAUGAAUAUAUGCCAAACAAAAGUCUAGACUAUUUUAUAUUCGACGAGAGCAGGAAGUCGUUGCUUGACUGGAAAAAGCGGCAUGAAAUCAUUAUUGGAAUAGCUAGAGGGAUACUCUAUCUUCAUCAAGACUCAAGAUUAAGAAUAAUACAUCGUGAUCUGAAAGCCAGCAACAUUCUUUUAGAUGAAGAUAUGAACCCCAAGAUAUCUGAUUUUGGUACUGCUAGAAUAUUUAGUGGAAACCAAAGUGAAGCUAAGACUCUUCGAGUUGUCGGAACAUAUGCCUAUAUGUCACCUGAAUAUGCUCUAGCAGGUCUCUUCUCAGUAAAAUCUGAUGUCUUUAGCUUUGGAGUCAUGUUAUUGGAGGUCAUUAGUGGAAAAAAGAACAGAGCCUCUUAUAAUAGUGAUUCCCCUCCAAAUUUGAUACGACGGGCCAGGGAGCUGUGGACUGAUGGCAAGGCCUUUGAGCUGUGAGAUCCAUCAAUAGUUGAUUCUUGUCCCACUGAGGAAGCACUACGCUUUAUUCAAGUAGGACUAUUGUGUUUGCAAGUCAAUGCGGCGGAGAGACCAACCAUGUCGUCGAUUCUGUUCAUGCUAAGUAAUGAAGCAACAAUGCCCUCCCCGAAGCAGUCAUUGAUUACCCCUAACUCAGACUCGGGUACCACAGAAACAACAACAUCUUCAAUCAACGAGGUGACAAUUACAGCACCUGAUGUUCGUUAAUUGUCUCAUGAGUUUAUGUAUUUCUGUUAUCCGGUGAUCAAAUAUAUCUAGUUGUCACUACUUCCUAAAGUAUAGGUCGAUUCUAUGAUUGAAUGCAUUAAAUUAUAAUAGAAUUCAGUAGACUAGUUGAUCUUA